GUGUACCCAUGUAACCAAUAGCUGUUUACAGCCUGAAUCACUCAGUGACGAUUCGCGAUCGAAAGAUGUCAAGUAAUAAGCCAUGGGAGAUGAUGAGAAUUAGAAUACUUCUGCUCGCGUUCGGGGUUGUGACUGAGGGGUGGUGCCUCGCGCCGCCCUCGCCACCCCCCGACGACCGCCCAAUGGAAAUCCCGGAAAACUUGAGAGGGAGACAGCUAGACACGCCGGCUGUUGUUUUGCAAUUGAAAUACGACGACGGGGAACUGGAUAGGAUAUAUCUGGCUCAGUUCAGGAGGGGCAACGCGCCCGUCGAGCCCCCAGUCCCGGCCCGGACCGAGCUGUGUGCGGACCUAUGCCAUUCAGGUCUUGGCGGGGCGGUUUGUGGCGGGACUUGCACCCAGAUGAUCCCCGUCGGUCUACAGUCUGCCCUGGAGGAAACCAACAGCACUGAUGCAAUAUACGGAGAGCCUCGAUUCUCUGUGUGUCCUGCGCUCUGCGGCAACAGCUUAGGAUAUCCAUUAUGUAACUGCGUGCACCCUGAGGAAGAUCAGGCCGUGAACUGGAGCGCCGUCUGCACCGCAUUCUGUACUGAUGGAUACACGCUGGGAGGUUGCCCAGCCUGUGCCUCCCAACGGAGCAGCCCUGUGGCCAUCGCCGGUCGGAUCCUCAACACUUCUGAGGGUUGGCAGGCCUGGUGCAACGUCCAGUGCCGCCAGGGGCAUGGCGGGGCCGCUUGCAACUGCGAUCGAACACCAUUCCAGUAAAUAAAUAUGAAACUAUGAAAUUUUUCGUAAUGGCAUCAAGAUUCAUGACUAUGACUAACUCGAUAAUUUAUAUUUAUAUGUUUGCUUUUAAAUAAUCAUAAUAUUAAUUUAUUUAUCUGCAUUCGUAAAUUAAUUGCUUUUAACACAAUUGUUGUAAUGGUGACUCGUCUGGGAAUUAAGAUCAAGAGUUGCUCAGAAAUCAAUGGAGGAAAAUUUUGAUACGGAUUUUUGAUGGAUGAUUUGUUUUUUUAAUUUAGCUGCACAUUUAAAAGUAUCUGCCAUUUUUAUUUACAAGAUUCAUUCCUGUGCUUUUUAAUUGAUUAACUAUUGUUUGUUGUACAUUUUAUUCAAAGCAUCCAUACACCUUUACACAUUUAUAAAAAUUAAACCAUUAAAAUUAAAUUCUUGUAAUAAGUAUUCUCCAACGAAUAGCUUUGAAAUUGUUCAUGUUAGACAAAGGUUUAAAACAACCAGUACUUCUCAAACUUUUCAUAUUCAGUUAAUUAAAUGAAUUCAAUACGUUUUUUUAUGGCUGCUAUGUAUAUCCUGACAAUUAUAUAUCAUAGAUAGAUAAUGGGCGAUCCAAAGAGUCUAUAAGUAUUUCUGGAGAUCUCGCGUUCAGUAAUCAGUUCGAACCACGUUGUCAAAACUGUAUCAUGACAGCUUGUCAAUAGACGUGUCAAAUACCAUGUCAUCCGUUGACAUUAUUCAUUACAGCAUGGAGCCCGUGUUCAAUAAAAGACCACUCUUGUUUUCACUUACUUAAAUUCUAAAACAAUGUACUUGCUUUUAUCUUAAAAUGCAUCUAUCUUAAAUGAAUUAUCACAGGAGUUAUAAUACUCCAUGCUUCUUUUAGUUAUCUUAUUUAACUAGUAAUAUAACAUUAUUCACGUUUUGUAGGUUAUAAAAAUAAGAAGGAUACUAAUUGUUAUCAUGUUAUGUACAUUAUAAAAUACUGCGCGAACGACAAUAUUAAUUGUAGUUAUUAUAAUGGUAAUUUAAACAUAUAGAGUAUUAUACUUAUUACUUGCUUAAGACACGCUCUGUUUAAAUUAGGUUUGACUGUCACACUGUUCUCUCAUUUAUUACAAUUUUAUUUUCAUUUA